GCGCGAGGGAAAGCAUUAGUGCGCACGCGCGGCAGCCCGCCCAGCGAGACCAUAGAUAUAGUCGAUCUAGAGUGGCCCGGAAGUAUGAACCAGAUACACGAAGACUAGAGUUACAUCCAUCGGCAUGUUUGGGACGGGCCGGAAUCCUAUUGAGCCAAUCAGAAUAUAGCUGUCGCCGGAACCCGCGGAGAUAGACAGCCGUCCUGGCCAAUGGGAGUUGCCAAGCGUCAUAUGGCGCGGCGAGUGGUGGUCCUGCUCCGACAUGCAGCUGGGAAGUCCGGAGAGUGACGAGUAGCAUGGCAGCUUGCGGGAGAAGACCCGAGCAUCGCGGGGCCCCUGAGCUGUUCUACGAUGAAGUUGAAGCCCGGAAGUACACCCAUAACUCUCGGAUGAUUGAGAUCCAGUCGCAGAUGACGGAGCGGGCGGUGGAGCUGUUGGGCCUCCCCGAGGAUCGCCUCUCUUUCUUACUGGAUGUUGGUUGUGGCUCUGGUCUGAGUGGAGACUACGUCUCUGAGGAGGGACACUUCUGGGUCGGCAUGGACAUCAGCUCUGCGAUGUUGGAUGUGGCUGUGGAGAGAGAAGUUGAGGGAGACCUAAUGCUGGCCGAUAUGGGCCAGGGGAUUCCGUUCAGGCCUGGAACAUUUGACGGCUGUAUCAGCAUUUCCGCCGUGCAGUGGCUUUGCAACGCUGAUAAGAAGACACACAGCCCUCCAAAGCGGCUCUACCGGUUCUUCUCAACUCUCUAUACUGCUUUGGCCAAUGGGGCCCGCGCUGUCCUGCAGCUGUACCCGGAAAAUGCUCCGCAGCUGGAACUCAUCACCACCCAAGCCAUGAAAGCGGGCUUCACUGGUGGCAUGGUGGUGGACUACCCCAACAGUGCCAAAGCCAAGAAGUUCUUCCUCUGUCUCUUCGUUGGCGCAACCAAUGCAUUCCCAAAGGGCCUUGGAGCACAGUCCAGCAGCGAAAAGGCCGUGCAGGCGAAGUUCACCAAUGAAAGGACGCGGUUCAGGAAUGCCAAAGGGAAGUCGGUGAAGAAGAGCCGGGAUUGGGUGAUGGAGAAGAAAGAACGGUGGCGACAGCAGGGGAAGAACGUGCGGGCAGACACCCAGUACACAGGCCGGAAGCGGCGGCCUCACUUCUGACGCUCUGCACCGUUACCCGGCCUGCUCCCAUUUGACGGAUCGGCUUCGCAUUGGGCAGCGUGUCCUCUCGGUGGCGGGGAGAUGCCGAAGGAGAACUGGCACAUGGACGUCUGCUUCCUUCCAGGCGCGCGGCCACCCUCAGCUGCUCUGGCCUCCUUUAAGCAGUCCUCACUUGGGGAUGUAUUCCCGGUGCGCUGCACGAUCACCGCAAGGCUGUGUUUCAAAGCCAUUUUCUAGCCAUGGAGCAGAGCGUUGCCGAGUCGGACUCCGGGAAGGCGGGGUGGGUGGGAGACGCCACUUCUCUCCUGGGGGACAGUGAAAGGGUCUCCUGUCCCCAGACACUUUGGAAUAAAGGGUAUAUGUGGGAAGCAGGACGACGGGCUGUCUGUUGUCUCUGUUGCGCGUUCAAGCGCUAUUUCCCUCUUCCCUCUAAAUGCAAAAGGAAUCCGGACCCUUUAGUGCAGGAGCCAGGCCCAUACAUCAGGGCCGUUGGCAACAUCUUGGGAGACGAAUGCUCGUUGUGAUUUUCGACAACGCCUGCCUCUCUCAAGAUGGAAAAGAGGUGAGAGCAUGCUAGCACUUGCAGAUUUCGAUGUGUGGAGAGGAAACCCCCCCCCCCGCUUGCUUUAUCUCUACCCUCAAACCAUUAGGGUCAAAUUGCAGGCAUUUUUGCACACAGGAUACGGUUAGGGUAACUAGGGACAAUUGGUUGCCCUCUGUCCAUGGAGUAAUCUUGGGAGGACACUCCUGCCCAUUUCUAUUCUUCCGACACAAAUACAAUUGGAUAGUAGUUUUUGUGUUUUUAAACAGUUUUGAAAGCCCAUUGCUAGUUUGGCUGCUGCAGGCCCAGUAUUCACGGCAAGAACAGCCCAAGAACAUCCUGGAAGCGGGAAACCUUGCCACGCGAUCGCCUCCUUGCCAUCUCCAGGGGUGGAGACCUUGUCACAAACCACCAGGAACCUUUGUCCCUGGCAGAUGGUACCAAUGGCCCUAACUGGCUCACAGAAUCUCUUCCAGUUACCCACAAUUUUCUCAGCUCUAAAGCAACUACUGGAGGUAAGGAAGUAAAAGGGAACAUCUAAGCCGCCCAGCGUUUUAAAAACCAAAACUGACCCACAGGACAGUCUGUGUAUUUCUUAGGUCCAAUAACUUCUAUGCUUCAGGGAAUAAGAGACCCUUAGAAAGAGCACCUUAACAGGAGAAAGCUACCCCUGCUAACUGAGCAUAGAGACACCUUUUAAAGUGGUGAUUCUCAUAUUUAGCAGGGGGAGAGCAACCGGCCCUAUCCAACCCCAGCACAGCAUCCCUCCAGUGGCUGUUGCUGGUAUCUGCCUUAUGUUUCUUUUUAGAUUGUGAGUCCUUUGGGGACAGGAGUCCGUCUUAUGUAUGUAUUAUUUAUUUUCCUAUGUAAACCGCUUUGAGAA